AUGGUGCUCACGGGGGAGACGGUGGCCUGCGCCAAGAACUGCCGCGGCAUCGCGCCGGGGAAGCGCGUGCAAGUGCUCGAGGGGAGGAGCUUUGCGGGGCUCUCGGGGGGUGAUGUGGGCCUAGUGCUCAGCCUGGACAUGGAGCACCAGCUCUGCUUGGUGCGCUUCCGCGCCGGCCGCGAGCCCGUGGCCGUGCCCGUGCGCCACCUCAGGGGCUGCGAGCCGCCGCCGCCGGAGCCGCGGGAGCGGGCGGAGGAGGCCGCGUCCCAGGAGACGAUCAGCUUUCCAGCACGACCUGAGCCUGUGUCCCCAGAGCAGACGAGAGCUGUGGCUGCACUGAAGGAGAUGCUGCAGAUGGUGUCGCCAUCCCAAGCGAAGCAGUCUGCCUCCACUGCGACCUACGACGCGGAGGGCAGUUGGUACGCCCUGUGCGACACGUCCAAGACGUAUGCCUGGAAAGAGCCACGCACGCCGAGCAAGAACUACGCCAGCUGGGAUGCCGUGGACCUGCUCGCCACGCCCUCCACCGCAGUGCCCGAGUCCCCCAUUGACGCCGUGUGGCGCCCGCGGUGCGCUUCCCCGAGGUCCCUUUCCCCCGGACCCAGACCGGUCUCGCCCCACGCCUCCGGCGCCUACCCCUCGGAGCCGGUGGCAGCGCCCAUGGGCCGCGCCUGGCUGACGCAGGUGCCGCGCUUGCCCCAUGGAACGGCUGGCUCCCGGCUACUUCCCCCGCCCUCCCCGGGGCAGCAGCUGCCCCCCCCGCCGCCGCCCGGGCGGAUGUCGCCGCGGCGUUCGGGGCUGGUGCCCCCGAUGAAUCUCCUGGGCAGCAUCUCCACUUUGCCCAGCAUCGGCUACCUCCCUGGGAUGGCGGCAGAGCAUGGCGUCAGAGGCGUCCCCGCAGAGGCGGAACCAGAGCGGGAGGAUGGCGCACAGCCGGCCUGGCCAAGUGCAACGCAGGAGCUUCCAUCGCUCGCCUGGCCAAGUGCCGAGGCGCCCAACGAAAGCUUCGCCGAAGCCGAAGCAUGGCCAAGCGAGAGCAAGGCGCAAGGCGGAAGUUCCUCAUGGCCCAGCGAGAGGGAGACGGAGGGCUUCGAAGCGUGGGGCCCAAGCAAAGACGAUGCCUUGCAGGCCGCGAGCUCGGAAACUUGGCCGGAGCCUGUCGAGGAGGCCGAGGCCAAGGGCUUCGAAGCGUGGGGCCCAAGCAAAGACGAUGCCUUGCAGGCGGCCCCGAGCUCCGAAACUUGGCCGGACCCAGUCGAGGAGGCCAAGGAGGGCUUCGAAGCCACGUGGGGCCCAAGCAAAGCAGACGAUGCCUUGCAGGCCGCGAGCUCCGAAACUUGGCCGGACCCGGCCCAGGAGGCCGAGGAGGGCGCCCAGCAAUUCGAAGAAGUUCCCGAGGUUUGCGUGGCUUGCGCCCGUGACGCCGCUGCGGCUCCGCUGACGGAAGAGGGGCCCUACCUGCGUGGCGGCUUCGCCUCCGAAAGCUACGAGGAGCCACUGCUUUCAGGAGACGAGCCGGAAAGAUGCGAGGGCCUGCUGCCUAGCCCGCGCAGCGCUGAAGAGGCGGAUUGCGCAGGCAGCGCCCGGGACGCCGAGUACCUGCCCAGCCCAGAGGUGGAUUGUGCCGCCUGCGCACGCGACGCCGACUACGCCAACUACCUGCCCAGCCCCACAGAGGAGGUGGAUUGUGCCGCCUGCGCGCGCGACGCCGACUACACCAACUACCUGCCCAGCCCGACAGAGGAGGUGCGGUACGCCGAGCCCAGCGGCAAGGAGCAAGGCUUCGAGGCCGAAAGCUAUGCCGCGGAUGGCUUUGGGGACGAAGCGUGGGCCAAUGCAAGCGACGAUUCAGCUGAGGAAUAUAAGGAAGCAGCUGCGACGGGGUGCUCCAUUCGCUCAGUUCCAGCAUGCAGCGGGAGCGGAGCGAGUCAGCAGGCCGAAAGCUGCGCAGAUGGCUUUGGGGACGAAGCGUGGCCCAUUGCAAGCGACGUCGCAGCUGAGGGAUACGAGGCCAAAAGCUUUGCCGCAAACGGCUUCGGGGACGCAGCGUGGCCCAACGCAAGCGACGACGCAGCUGACGUAUAUGAGGAGGAUGCAGUUGAGACGGGACGCUCCACUCGGUCAGUUCCAGCAGAAAGUAGCAGGAGCAGACCGAGUCCAGAGCAGGCCGAAAGCUAUGCCACAGAUGGCUUCGGGGAUGAUGCAGCCGCCAUGGGACGCUCCACUCGGUCAGUUCCAGCAGAAAGUAGUAGGAGCAGAGCGAGUCCAGAGCAGGCCGAAAGCUAUGCCGCAGAUGGCUUCGGGGAGGCAGCAUGGCCCAAUGCAAGCGACGACGCAGCUGACGUAUAUGAGGAGGAUGCAGCCGCCAUGGGACGCUCCACUCGGUCAGUUCCAGCAGAAAGUAGUAGGAGCAGAGCGAGUCCAGAGCAGGCCGAAAGCUAUGCCGCAGAUGGCUUCGGGGACGCUGCGUGGCCCAACGAGAGCGACGACGCAGCUGACGUAUACAUGGAGGAUGCAGCCGCCACGGGACGUUCCACGCGGUCAGUUCCAGCAGAAAGUAGCAGGAGCAGAGCGAGUCCAGAGCAGGCCGAGAGCUAUGCCGCAGAUGGCUUCGGGGAGGCAGCAUGGCCCAAUGCAAGCGCCGACGCAGCUGACGUAUAUGAGGAGGAUGCAGCCGCCAUGGGACGCUCCACUCGGUCAGUUCCAGCAGAAAGUAGUAGGAGCAGAGCGAGUCCAGAGCAGGCCGAAAGCUAUGCCGCAGAUGGCUUCGGGGAGGCAGCAUGGCCCAAUGCAAGCGACGACGCAGCUGACGUAUAUGAGGAGGCCGAAAGCUAUGCUGCAGAUGGCUUCGGGGAUGCAGCAUGGCCCAAUGCAAGCGACGACGCAGCUGACGUAUAUGAGGAGGAGUGCUUGCAUGCAGAAAGCCCUGCCGCAGAUGGCUUCGGGGGCGCACCCUGGCCCAACGCAAGUGGCGGCUCAGCUGAUGGAUAUGUGGAGGACUCAGCUGCCACAGGGCGCUCCACACGGUCAGUUCCGGCAGCGGCGAGCAGUAGGAGCAAGGCGAGUCAACAGCAGGCAGAAAGCCCUGCCGCAGAUGGCUUCGGGGGCGCACCCUGGCCCAACGCAAGUGGCGGCUCAGCUGAUGGAUAUGUGGAGGACUCAGCUGCCACAGGGCGCUCCACACGGUCAGUUCCGGCAGCGGAGAGUAGUAGGAGCACGGCAAGUCAGAAGGCAGAAAGCCCUGCCGCAGAUGGCUUCGGGGGCGCGCCCUGGCCCAACGCAAGCGGCGGCUCAGCUGAUGGAUAUGUGGAGGACAGCGCGCGCAUCACAUUGCCACGUUUGCCUGCAAAGCGCGCAUUCUCGCGCGCAGUCAUGGCUGGCGUUGGCUGGCCAGGACUCAGCUGCCACAGGGCGCUCCACACGGUCAGUUCCAGCGGAAAGCAGCAGGAGCAGGUCGCAUGUGAGGCGGAAAGCCCUGCCGCAGAUGGCUUCGGGGGCGCGCCUUGGCCCAACGCAAGUGGCGGCUCAGCUGAUGGAUAUGUGGAGGACUCAGCUGCCACAGCGCGCUCCACACGGUCAGUAAGCAGCAGGAGCCCCGCCUGGCCCAGCGACUGGCAUGACAACUUCAGAAGCUUCGAGGCGAACAGCACGGUCCAAGCGCAGGGCUUCGGCGGUGCAGCUUGGCCCGGCAAUGCGGCCGAGGAGCCAGCCGCUAAAUCCCUGGCGCCACUCCCGGGCGUGGAAAGCAGAAGCGGCAACGCAGAGGGCGCAACGACAAGUUCCGCUUCGGAGAGGGCGAGUCAGGAUGCAGCGCCAUCCCAGGCGGGUUUCAACGAGGAGGCUUGGGAUGCGCUGGCGUCCACCUUCGGAGAGGAGGCAAACACCUGGCCAGCCUUCGAGCCGGGCGAGGCCUGGCCAGGCCAGCAACAGGCUGCCUUCAGCGAGGCUGGCUUCAGCGAGGCAAACGGCUGGCCCAGCUUCCAGGAGAACCGGUCGCCCCACCGCCAAGCUCCCAAUGCACAGGACUCCCAGCGAGCGCCGUCCCGGAGUUCCACGAGCUCCGCCUCGCAGGAGAGCCCGAAGCAGGCGAGGAGCCCAGUGCAGGAGAGCUCGCCCAACCGGCAGGCGUUGUCAAGGAGCUCCACGAUGCAGGAGAGCUCGCCAAACCGGCGGGCGCCUUUGUCAAGGAGCUCCACGAUGCAGGAGAACCGGUCGCCAGACCGAAGGACGCAGGAGGAGAGCUCCCCCAACCGGCCGCCUUUGUCAAGGAGCUCCACCAUGCAGGAGGAGCACUCGCCCAACCGGCGGCCUUUCUCAAGGAGCGCCACUAUGCAGGAGGAGAACUCGCCCGAGCGGCUGGCACCUGCAGCAAGGAGCUCCACACAGGAGAGCUCGCCUAAUCGGCGGGCACCUUUGUCAAGGAGCUCCACGAUGCAGGCACGCAGAGGAGAGCUCGCCGAACCGGCGGGCUCCUUUGUCAAGGAGCUCCACCAUGCAGGAGUCGCCGACUCGGCGCCUGGCAAGGAGCACCACCAAGGAGCGCCUCAGCUGGCCCUCCGCCAGUGGCGAGGCGUCCCAUCAAGCAGCACCUCGCCAUGUUCAUGCCCUGGGCAUGAGCUGCCUUUUCGCCAGGCGGCCCAGUUUCCGGAGAAGCCUUCGGGCAUAAAGCUCACGCUGCCCAUGGCUCAUGCAGGACUGAACCUGAGACUGGUAGAUCAGGGCGUUUGCUUUCGCUUGCCGAGAGGCAAGACCACGAGUCCCCACUGGUUCUCCGAGACCUUCGGCUUCCAGGAGGAGUCUUUCGAGCUCACGCGUGGCAAGUUCAAGUUCGAAGAUGGCAUCCUGGAGUCGAAGUCCACGGGCCAACGCUUCCACGUGGGGCCCUUCGACUUUCCGUCCUUGGCAGAGCUCAGGGCGCAAGGAGAAGCCGGUCGCCUUGGGGGCCUCACCUUUGACAACGUUUGCGGCAACGCGAUGACUCUGCACAAGGAUCCUGUGAACCAGGGUGCUGUCUUUCAGGUGGCCUCUCAGUUCAACUGCCUGGAGAUGAACGAGCCCGGGGCGCGCCCGGAGGAUGGGGUCACCCGCUACUACAGCGACAAGACCCAGGGCCCGGCUUGCGCCCUUAGCUGCCCGGCCGGCACGGUGUUUCGGAACUACUUCGUCAACGGCACCGGGCAGUCCGGAGGACGCCAGCUGGACGGCUUGGCCGAUGUUGGCGAGCUGGUUGGCAAUGCGAAGGAGAAAUAUUGGAGGAUGGUCAACGGCUACUGCCUGCCGGUGGAUAACACUAGCAUUGGGCGCCUCAGCCAGCGCGUGAAGAAGGACGAGGAACUCUCGGAGGAGAUCCGCAAGCGCCUGCGCGUCGGGGUGCAUUGGGACACCGAAGUGGCGAAGAAGGACCACCGCGUGUGCCAGGUCUUUUGUUCCGCGCUGCCGGUCGCAUAUGCGAAAAGCACGCGAUCACAAGACUGGGAGCCCUUUGCGCGUCUGGUGCUGGAGUCCACCUUCGAGGCCACGCUGUGGGCGGGCGCCUGCCUAGCGGCGCAGCGCAAAGCACGGGUCACGGUCUUUCUGAGCGCAGUGGGCGGUGGAGCCUUUGGCAACCGCACCGCCUGGAUCGUGGAUGCCAUUGGCCGAGCCAUGAGGAUCCACGCUUCGUCUCCCAUCGACGUGCGGCUGGUGCACUUUGGCACCGUUCCUCGGGGAGCCUUUGGAGUGCUGGAGAAAGGUCGCCCAAAGAAGCCAGGCCCCAACCCCGAGGCCAAGCCCGAGGAAGCCAAGCCCGAGGAGGCCAAGCCCGAAGAGGCCAAGCCGGAGGAAGGAGAGCAGCCGACGGAGGAAGCGGCUGAAGCGCCUCCGACUGAAGCCGUGGUGCUCUCCAGGGCGUUCGCCCAGUUGGACACGAACGGCGACGGAGUCAUACUUGAAAGUGAGAUGGCCGCUGUCCUGACGAAGGUAGUGCCGGGCAUCAGCGAUGCGGAUGUGAAGACCAUCUUCCGCGCCGCCGACGCCAAUAGCGACGGGGAAGUCCACUACGUGGAGUUCGCUGCUUGGGUUACCAGCGAGAACGCGGGUGAAGUCGGCCCCUUAGUUCUGAAGCUUGGAGGCGAUUGA